AUGCCCUCGUCGGCCAUGUUCUCCAAGUUCAAGCACGGCAGCAACGCGCCGCAGAACGUGCUCGACAGCAACCCCAUCGCGCAGUACUUCGAGGUGGGCAAGCAGACGGCCAGCGCCGGCCCGGAGCUGGUCUGGAAGAUCCACGACGCCUACCGCAAGAGCGAUGGCAAGGAGGUGUCCGUGUUCCUGUUCGAGAAGCGGUCCGCCGAGAAGCUGCACAAGCCCAAGCGCAAGGAGACAGUGACGGAGAUCCUGAGAGGCAGCGUGAGGCAGUUGGAGCGCUUCAGGCACCCCAAGGUGCUGCAGGUCGUGCACCCGGUGGAGGAGUGCGGCGAGACGCUGGCCUUCGCCUCGGAGCCGGUGCUGGCGAGCCUGGCCAACGUGCUGGCCUUCCAGGACGGCACUGGGCCCACGGGCGGUCCCCCGGCCACUGGGGCGUCCCAGCAGGGACACCAGCAGCCGCACCACCGGCCGGCGCACGCCCGCGAGUACCACUUCCUCGACAUCGAGCUCAAGUACGGCAUCCUGCAGAUCACGGAAGCGCUCUCCUUCUUGCACUACUCGGGCCACGUGCUGCACAGGAACGUGUGCCCCGCCAGCAUCCUCGUCACCAAGAAGGGCACCUGGAAGCUGGGAGGGCUCGAGUUCACAGAGCGGGUGAACGACAUCGACGGCUUGGAGCCGGUGCCCUGCCAGCCCUGGACCUCCCGCCUGCCCAAGAUGGCGCAGCCCGACCUCGACUUCAUCGCUCCGGAGGUGCAGACCUCCUCCAUGUGCAGCAUCCUCAGCGACAUGUUCUCGCUGGGCAUGGUGAUCUGCGCCAUCUUCAACAGCGGCCGCCCGCUCUUCCAGGCCAACCACAGCAGCUCCGCCUACCUCAAGCAGCUGGAGGUGCUGGAGGAUCAGCUGCACAACGCGCUGCCCAGAGUGCCCCUAGCCUUGCAGGAGGCGUGCGUGAGGCUGCUCAGCAGGGACACGAGACAGCGACCCACCGCGCAGCUCCUGUCACUCAUCAAGUACUUCAGCGACCCCGCCGUGCACGCCCUGCAGUUCCUCGACGUCAUCAACAUGAAGGACCCGUCGCAGAAGUCGCACUUCUACCGCAACACGCUCAAGGACGUGCUGCCCUACAUCCCGCGGAAGCUGUGGUUCCAGCACGUGUGGCCGUGCCUGCAGCAGGAGAUGAAGACUCAGGAGGUGCUGGCCGCCGUGCUGCAGCCGAUCAUCUUCCUCAUCCAGGAGUGUACCGUGGAGGAGUACGAGGCCAUCAUCCUGCCUUCCUUCCGGGGCGUGUUCUCCAUCCCCAAGUCCAUCCAGGCCACCGUGACGCUGCUGGAGAACCUGCACGUGAUCCUGGAGAAGACCCCGAGGGACGACGUGCGCUCCGAGGUGCUGCCCAUGCUGUACAACGCCUUCGAGAGCAGCACCACGCAGGUGCAGAGCGCCGCGCUGGUGGCGGUCACCAACGUGGCGGAGUACCUGGACGAGACGGCCAUCCGCCGCAUGGUGCUGCCCAAGACCAAGUGCGUGUACGAGAAGAACAGCGGCGACCUGAGGAUCGUGGGCAACGUGCUGUCCUGCGUGGAGAAGACGCUGGAGAGCCUGGACAAGUCGCAGAUCAUCGACGAGGUGCUGCCCCUGCUGUGGGACGUGCGGCUGCAGGACCCCGAAGUCACCAUCAGGGUUGUAAACAUAUACCGGCUGAUGCUGAGCGACAAGAAGUACGGGCUGUCGGUGAACCUGAUGGCGACCCGGGUGAUGCCCUCGCUGCUGCCCCAGACGGUGAACCCCUCGCUGAACCUGGAGCAGUUCACCAACCUGCUGGAGGUGCUGCAGGAGAUGCUGGACCACAUCGACAGGAACCAGCGCAACAAGCUGAAGCUGGACAACCUGUCGCUGCCGAGCCCCGAGCGGCACCGGCCGCUCAGGCACCAGUUCAGCUCCGACAACAUGCACGUGCCGCCCUUCAACAUCCCCAACCUGCGCAUCGAGCAGCGCAAGACCUCCAGCGCCGAGGACAUGGCGCGCAAGAACUCGGCCGGGGGCUGGUGGUUCGGGGCCUCGCCCUCCUCCCCCGACACCAACUUCCUGAGGGUACAGAACGCCUUCCCCAACCGCCGGCUGUCCGACAACGCGCUCAUGAUGCCGCCCAAGAUACGCAUCGCGCCGUCGUGCGCGUCGUCUCCCGGGGGCACGCCCGGCGGGGGGCUGCCCAUCCGGCGCCACUCCAGCAUCGGGCCGCAGGAGCGGCGCGGCUCCGCCAUCAACCUGUCCCCGCCGACGGGUCUGCACUACAGCUCAGUAUCGAGGGAGGGCUCCACGCUAUCCGUGCCGUCGGCGUAUCUUGCACGGAGCAUGAUCGGCGGCAGCAUGCCCAACACCAGCAGCAGCGUGCCCUUCCUCCUGAGCUCGAGCAUGAGCAGCAUCAGGUCGCGCCGGCCCUCGGCCUGCCUGUCCGGCUCGCAGGGCUCGGGCCUGCUGCAGCAGCUCGGCUCGGGCAUGUACCAACUGUUUUCUGGAAGAUCCUAGGCAGAGUUGUGAUAGUUUGACGCGCUCGUAGCGUCUAGCGGCGAGCGCGUCGAAGAGCUGCGGAAAGCGACGGAACAACCUCCGCUCGUAGUCGUGAGUAGGCUAGCGCGGACUGCGGGCGUCGCUCAGUGCUUCUCGGACCGGACUUGUGGUCCCAAACAACCACGCGAGCAUUCCACAGUAAACAGUACUGAAGAAAACGUCAAUUCAUUUCAAUUAUCUGUACUACUUGCAUGUUUUUUAAUACUCAACAAAAAAAAAAUUAUUUUUGCGGAUAGCCUUUGUAACUUGCGUCUCUGUUUGUCACAUAUCUGAAAACCAUACUUCCCUGAAUAGAGGACAACUUACACUGUUAAUACAAAUAAUCGUACUUUCAUCUUGGUUCCUAAGAGAAAAAUUACUUUCCCCAAAAUAUUUAUACGCCAUUAAAUUACUAAUAGAUCAUGAAAAAUUUUUAACAACUACGUAUUAUAAUCAUGUUAGAGAAGCAUGCAACCAAAUUCACUGCAGAACUUGGUAUCUUAAGAUGAAAUAAUGAGAACCUGCUUUAUACGUAUUAUUUUCACCUCGUAAUCCUCUGUACUUAAUAUACCAUAGAUAAAGCUUAUUUAUAUCCCCUAAAAGUAUUUAUUUUUAAUCAAACAGGUUAGACAUAAAUUAAAGUUUAAUCUAUACAGUACAUAAAAAAAAUCACUGCCACCCACUUAUUAUUAUAAAUUCAAAAAAAAAAAAUUCAUCAGAUCUUUUUCACUGGUGAAAACAAA